CGAGCUUCGCCUCGAAAUUACGGCUCGAACCAAGUUCCACCCGACCAACCUUCGUCCGGACCACAACGCGUCUUCGACAUAUGCGCUAUCUCAGUUAACGUCGACUGAGACCUCUAGGCCUCGUGCUCGCCCUCUCUUUCAGCUGUCAUCACCGCCAGCUCCGUUUCGGUACCACCGACUCUCAGAAAGAGCGGGACAUGCCCUCGAUAUAUUCUAGGCGUCUCAACACAACCUGGCCUGCACGACUGCAAGAUGCCUGGUCGUUCGUGAUCAAACACUUGAACUUCUUCCGGAUACAUCUACUCGUAUUUACAUUUACCCCUCUCGUAUUCUCCGGAAUCCUCUAUGGUGCCAAUGGAAAAUAUCAUAUUCCCUACAUUGAUUGCCUCUUCUGCUGCGUCACCUCCAUGACUGUAUGCGGGCUGGCCACGAUCAACCUGAGCGCGUUAACUCCGUUCCAGCAAUUCCUGCUCUUCGCUCAGAUGUGUCUUGGAAGUCCCGUCACAGUCUCUUGGGUUAUGGUAUACAUUCGAAGGAGCUUCUUCGCGAAGAAGUUUCAGCACAUCCUCGAAGCUGAGAUGGCCCGCAAAGCCUCCGAGAAAGCCCGGCGACCAGUCAAGGUCCAGAUAGUGCCAUUGUGGCGACGGGCACUAGAGCUGUUCAUGCCGAGCAAGUACACGGAUUCGAAGGAAGUCGACCGUGCUUCUGACGACUCGAGCGACGAUCAUCGAGGAUCGACUCGGGUCCGAGUGGACAUGAUUCGCCGGAUGGAUGCCGCACCACAGUUGGUUAACCCAAGCGGGUGGAUCAGCGCAGGCCGCUCGGAGUUCUUCACGUCUAACUCCGAGGCGGCCAAGAAGCCGGAUUCGAAACCUCAGCAACGGAAUGACGAGUACGAGCUGCAGUCGCCCGGUCGCUACCUUGCGUUCGCGGACAUCGACAACCCAUCUCUGGUUGAGAACGCGAUCCGGGUUGCUGACUCGUCCCAACCUGCUGGUGAGCAGCCGGAUUCAGCUGGAGUCAACGAUGCACGGUCUGUGCAGUCAGCCCAGUCAGCCCAGUCGAGUGGCAGAGAGAAGUCUCCGCGAAUGUUCUCCGAACCGCCAGGCCGAAUGACCGACUCGCCGGAGCCAGAACUGAGUCCCUUGCCUCGGUCGGUGACCAUCACGCUCGCCUCGCAGGGGAGGUCAGAGACGUUCUCCCGGACGCAGACCAUUGAGUUCGCGAACUCUCCGCGACCAAAUCGUGAAGUGCGCUCGAAUCGCAGCGUUGCGCCGACGAGCUAUAGUGGCUGGGAUGACUAUGGCUCAAAUCGUGAUCGACGUUCAAUGCGCCGACCGACACUGUCGUACCCGCAAUCCAACACAUCAUACCACAGCCGGCGCACGGAGCGUACGCAUGCACUGCAUAGCGGCUUCGGAGGCUUCCCUAUGCCGCACGAGAUCUUCACGAGCCUGAUGCGGAGGUUCUUCCCGCAACUCGAGCACAAGCUGACGCGUACGAUGACCAUGCCGCGUACCCGGACAAUUCUCUCGCAGCAGUCGCUUGCGCCGAGCGGACGCCCUGUGACAUAUAUUAGCUUCGACGCGACCGUCGGGCGUAACUCGGAGUUCAAGGAGCUGACGACCGAGCAGCUGGAGGAGCUAGGAGGUGUUGAGUAUAGGGCGCUCGGGGCGCUGCUGUGGAUAGUUGGGGGGUACCAUAUAUUGAUACAGUUGUUGGCGUGGGUGGUCAUUGCGCCAUAUAUGUCGAUACCACGAUGGAAGGACGAUUUCAAGCCGCCCCAGCUCUACAGGGACGUCUCGCCAGUUUGGUUCUCCGCCUUCCAAGUGGUCUCGGCCUAUACGAACACCGGCAUGUCUCUCGAAGACGAGUCCAUGAUUCCCUUCCAGAGGGCGUAUCCUAUGAUCUUUACCCUUAAUUUCCUUAUUUUGGCUGGAAAUACUGCAUUUCCUAUAUUUCUGCGGUUCUCAAUAUGGCUCCUCAGCAAAGUAGUCCCCCGAGAAUCCCGUUUGAACGAGACACUGCACUUCUUGCUUGACCACCCUAGACGGUGUUUCGUAUACCUGUUCCCGUCGCAUCAGACUUGGUUCCUCCUGACGGUGCUAGUCGCACUUAACCUGACGGAUUGGUUCUUCUUCCUGGUUCUUGACCUCGGCAAUCCUACGAUUAUGUCGAUACCACCUGGCGUCCGUGUUGUCAUUGGGACUCUGCAAGCUCUAGCUGUUAGGGCGGCCGGAUUUGCGACUGUAAACCUCGCCGACCUUGCUCCGGCCGUGAAGGUGGUUUACGUCAUCAUGAUGUACGUUAGUGUAUAUCCGGUCGCCAUGAGUGUACGUUCGACGAACGUAUACGAAGAGCAGUCCCUGGGUGUGUUCGAGGAAGAUGACGACUCCGUGGACGAGGAGGAGUUCAACCCCACUGGCAACCGUGUCACGGUUUGGAGUCACUAUCUCGCCAUGCACAUGCGGAAACAAUUGUCUUUCGACAUGUGGUGGUUGGGUCUAGCACUUGUCCUCGUCUGCAUCAUCGAAAAAGACGGUCUUGAGGAUGAAACGAACGCCAGUUGGUUUAACAUCUUCCGCAUGAUGUUCGAGAUCGUCUCUGCCUACGGAACUGUCGGGCUGAGUCUCGGUGUCCCUUACGACAACUUCUCAUUUUCCGGCGCGUUAAGGCCUUUGUCGAAACUGAUUAUCUGCGCCGUCAUGCUUCGUGGAAGACACCGUGGACUGCCGGUGGCCAUCGACCGAGCUGUCAUGCUACCCGUGGAAUUCUCGCAAGCGUCGACAGACCGGCUGAAUGAGAUCGCCUCUAACAAUGUCCGUCGCUCUUCCAUGGCGUUCGACACCAUGAGCGGCGAUGCGGACGAACGGAGCCAGUUCCGGAGAUCGCACGUCCGCUCACCGUCCACCAUGAAAUCUGUCGGCCCCGAAUCACCACAGUCCCAACAAAACCACGAGGCGUUGCAACAACAACAACAACAGCAGCAGCAGCAGCAGCAGCAGCAGCAGCAGCAGCAGAAGCAGCAGCAGCAGCAGAAGCAGAAGCAGAAGCAGAAUGACAGCUCAGAGACACAGUGA